CCGGUUUGCGGAACCGCUGGGCUCCUGGCUGCGGGACGUUGCGCGGACUUUGGCUGCGGCCGUGGGCGGGGUGUCCCGCGGGAGGUUGGGGGGAGGCGGUGGAGGAGGCGGCGGCGGCGCCGGUCCUGCCCGUGCAGGUGAAGUGCGGAGAUGCCGCAGUUCGUCAGCAGCGGAAGCCGAGUCCACAGCACCAGGUGCGGGCCGGAGGCAAAGUCACCGGGACUCACGGACGGAGGGAGGAAAUGGAGCUGUGGAAGAUGUGGUUCUCGUUCCUGAUCGUUGCUCUGUGGGCAGCUGGCUGCCAGGGCAAUCGCUGCACCGCCAGUCGAGCAAAGACCUGCACCGAGUGUAUCAGAGUGGCUGAGGACUGUUCAUACUGUGCUGACAAGGGCUUCACAUUCCCAAGGUGUGAUCUACUGAGUAACCUGAAUCCCACCUGUACAAACAUUAUCACCAUGAAUUCCAAGAUGGAGAUACAUCGGGCUGUUAAGAUUGAUACCAGCAGCAAACGCACCCAAAUCUCACCUCAGCACGUGUCCAUGUCCCUGAGGGCAGGAGAGGAAAGGACCUUGGACUUCGAGGUGUUUCAACCACAGGAAGCUCCAGUUGACCUAUAUUUCCUCAUGGACUUUUCCAACUCAAUGGAGGAUGAUCUGGAUAAUUUGAAGAAACUGGGUCUCCAGCUGGCUAACGUGGUGAAGAACAUGUCAAGUGACUACACCAUUGGCUUUGGGAAGUUUGUUGACAAAGUGACUGUUCCACAGACAGACAUGAGGCCAUUAAGGCUUAAGCAGCCUUGGCCCAACAGUGAUGCUCCAUUCUCCUUCAAGAAUGUCAUUCGCCUUACAAACAAUGCCAACUAUUUCACCCAGGAGCUGGAGAAGGAGAGAAUCUCGGGCAAUGUAGAUGCUCCAGAAGGCGGAUUUGACGCAAUUCUGCAGGUUGCAGUCUGUCAGAAUGACAUCGGAUGGAGGGGAGAGAGUACUCACCUGCUGGUCUUCUCCACUGAAUCCGCCUUUCAUUACGAAGCUGACGGCUCCAAUGUGCUCUCGGGGAUCUUAAAAAGGAAUGACGAGCAAUGCCAUUUAGACAGUUCCGGCACUUAUACCCAGGAUACCGAGCAAGAUUACCCCUCUAUUCCAACUCUGAUACGCCUCCUUGGGAAGCAAAGCAUCAUUCCUAUCUUUGCCGUUACUAACUAUUCAUAUUCUUACUAUGAGAAAUUGAGCAAGUAUUUCCCGGUGUCUGACAUUGGACGGCUGCAGGAAGACUCAUCCAAUAUACUUGAAUUGUUACGCAAUGCAUUUGAGAACAUCCGGUCAAAGAUGGAAAUCCGGGCCAAGGAUGUUCCCAGAACCAUGAGAGCCACAAUCUCGUCAUUGUCAGCGGCGAAGACCGAGGGUGAUUCUUCCACAUUUACUGUCACUCCAGGAGAAGUGAAAAAGUUCCAGCUCAGCUUGAGAGCUUUGGACAGUGACACUGAUACUCAACUGUGCAACGUAGCCAAGGAUGCCCGGGAAGGAACGAUAAAUAUCAAACCCAGCUCUUCCACUGAUUCUCUGUUGGUCGACGCCUCACUCUUCUGUGCUCAGUGUCCCUGUGAGCAGACUCCAGAGGUUAACUCUCAAAUAUGCCAUUACAACGGUGACUUUGUUUGUGGGCAGUGCCUGUGCAAGGAUAAGUGGAAGGGCCAUCACUGCGACUGCCAUAUGGGCACCGAGGGGGACGUCAGAGACUGCAUCGAUCCCAAAAGCAACAGCUCUCAGGUUUGUUCCGGCCGCGGGGAGUGUCAGUGCGGAAUCUGUCACUGCCUCCACUCAGAGAACCAUCUGGAACAAUACGAUGGGAAGUACUGUCAAUACAGCAACCUGCUGUGCCCACGCUAUGCAGGCUUCACGUGUAACGCUCGUGGUAGAUGCUUUGAGGAGAAGUGUCAAUGUGACGAUGGAUGGAUGGGUCCCUCCUGCGAAUGUCCCAUCAGUAAUGCCACCUGCAUCGAUCCAAAUGGAAGGCUGUGUAACGACAAAGGCAGCUGUGUGUGCGGACGGUGCCAGUGUGACGAUGAGAACACAGACCCAACCUGUGGCAGCAGCACCUACCUGCAACUCCUGGGGCUGUGUGAGGACACUCGGAGCUGUGUCCAGUGCCAGGCCUGGAACACCGGGGAGAGGAAGGGACAAAACUGCAAGAAGUGCAGCAACGUGUUCGAGUUCGUGGACGAACUGCAGCCAGACCAGCAAGUGACGGAGAGCUGCGAGUUCCGCGAUGAGGAUGAUGACUGCACGUACUACUACACGGUGCAGAGAUUCCCACACUCCAACAUCAGCCACAUCCAGGUGCUGAAGAAGAAAGACUGCCCUCCGGGAGGCUUCCUCUGGCUGAUUCCACUCAUCAUAUUCCUGAUGCUGUUACUGGGCCUGCUGCUGCUGCUGUGCUGGAAGUACUGUGCCUGCUGCCGGGCCUGCUGUGCGAGACUGCCCUGCUGUGCCAUGCUGCCGUGUUGUGCAAGAGGCACCAUGGUCGGGUUUAAGGAAGACCACUACAUGCUCCGUCAGAGCAAGCUUGCCUCCAACUACCUGGACACGCCGAUGGUGCGGACAAACAAACUGGAUGGCACGGACAUCGUCCGGUGGAAGGUGACGGACAACGUGCACAAGGGGGCCACUGCACACUCCCAACUGAUCAGCCCCAAGGACACCGUCCUGUACAACCUGUCCCUCCGAGCGGCCCGAGUGUUCAACCAGGAGCUCAGGAACCCGGACUCGAAGGAGUCGGACCGGCUGCAGCGUUUGGUGGAUGAAAACCUCAACGAGGUGUAUAAACGGAUCCCCGGGGCUCAAGCUGUCCAGAAAACUACAUUCAGGACUCAGCCCAAUGCAGGAAAGAGAUCAGACCUGACCAUUAUCGACACCCAGCUACCAGCUCCCCGCGCCGCAGAACCAGAGAUCGUGAAGCUGACUGAGCACCAGGUCACCAUGGGCAUCUUCAAUGAUCUGAAGGUCACCCCCGGCUAUUACACCGUGGCAUCUGAUCGAGAUGCCCAUGGGCAGGUGGAGUUCCAGGAGGGGGUGGAAUCCGUCGAUGUGCGCGUCCCACUCUUUGUUAAGGAUGAAGAUGACGAUGAGAAGCGGUUACUGGUGGAGGCUGUGGACGUUCCCCUGGGAAAUGCAGAGAUCGGCAAGCGCUUUGUGGACAUCACCAUCAUUAAGGAAGCCGCCAAAAGCAUCAUCAGCUUCCUACAAUCAUCCUACACGUGCCAGCAGCAGGACAAAGUGGCCAAAGUUCCCCUGGUUCGGGAGAUCAUCGAGGACGUGAGGACCCAGGUCUCCUACAAGACACGAGAUCUCACCGCCAAGGAUGGCAAGGAUUACAUAUCAACAGACAAUGAGGUAACGUUCCUUCCUGGCGAGACCCACAAAGAGAUUCCAAUCAAACUCCUGGAGCAGACAGAGAUGGAUUCCCUUCUGGGCAACAAGCAGAUUAAACAGUUCCUGGUGGAGCUGUACAAACCCCGAAAUGGCGCAAAACUCGGCAAGAUCCCCCGCACUACUGUCACCAUCGGCGACGAGAACGCAAAGCAUCAGAUGGAUCUCAACCAAUCUAUGUUCCCAAUUGACUCGCCACCUCUGAACGUGAAAGCACAGCCAAUUGACAGCAAGAGGAUCCAUGUGAAUUGGAGCCCAGCCAUGCGUGAUGUGUCGGGGUACAAGCUGAAGUACUGGCCUGAAGACGACGAGUUCUCCUCCCAGACCAUCGACACGAAGAACACCUUUGCCGAGCUCACCAAUCUCCAGCCCAGCAGUGACUAUGCCAUGGAGGUGAUGGCCUACAACUCGCUGGGCACUGGUCCCUGCUCCAACGUUGUCCGCUGCUGCACCCUGGACAGCUCAAGUGAACAAAUUCCACUCAAGCAAGGUACUGUCUCCAUCGACUCCCCACCUACCAAUGUCAAAGCACAGCCAAUUGACAGCCGGAAAAUUCGUUUGAAUUGGACCCCUCCCCCAGGCCGACCAACUGGAUACAAGGUGACCUAUUGGAUCGAAGGGGAUGAGAACUCUUCGCAGGUAAUAACCACCACGGCCCCCUCUGCUGAGCUCACCAAUCUGUACCCGUACUGCGACUACGAGAUGAACGUCUUCGCCUACAAUGCGCUGGGCGCUGGACCCCGCUCCGAGACCGUCAGCUGUCGCACACCAGAAGACCUGCCCAACGAGCCGGGACGGUUGGCGUUCAAUGUCAUUUCACCCACUGUGACGCAACUGAGCUGGGCCGAGCCGUCGGAGACUAACGGAGAGAUCUUGGAGUAUGAAGUGACCUACACGGUGGUGACCGACGAAAACAAGCCUGUCGGACCCAAAAAGACGGUGAAGAUCAACAAGCCGAAGAAGAGGAUGGUGAUGAUUGAGAAUCUGAAGGAAGAGCAGCCGUACCGGUACACGGUGCGCGCCAGGAACGGGGCUGGCUGGGGCCCGGUGCGGGAGGCCACCAUGAACCUUUCCACACAACCGAAGCGACCCAUGUCCAUUCCCAUCAUCCCAGAUAUUCCCAUCAUUGACGCCGAGGCACACGAUGAGUACGAGAAUUUCCUGAUGUACAGCUCGGAUGUUAUGCGAUCGCCCAGGCCCAGCGUCUCCGAAGAUGCAGGCUCCAAAUGGAAGCACGUCCAACUGCUGGGUGAUGAUUUCGAUGGGAGGAAGGUCGCCUGGAAGCUACCGGUGGAAGUGAUCCCCCGGCUUUCCACUAGCUCUUCCCUGACGCACGCUUCCUCAGACAUUGAGAGCCUCCUCUCCGAAGACCCUGAGUGUUCAGACAACAUGAGGAGGAGGGCAGCACCCCAGCCACAGCAAGGUCAAGACAUGCACAUGAACGGGAAGUGGGAGAUGAACUCUCUGUUUGCUGGAGGCACCCACAGCACUAUCAAUCAAACCACCAGCAUUCAGAGCCAGCAGUUCACCAGGACCAUAGGCGAUCCCUCCCUGCUCUCCGAGACCUACACCACCAUGACUUCAGGACAGGGAGCACCAGUGCAUGGAAUGAGGGGAGUUAACUACACGGUCACACAACAGAUGAUCGGCGGGAGGAAACGCACUGAAUCCGAGGAUGUGAACGCAGCUCUAGAGAACCUGGAGAUGGUUCUGCACGAAAACCGCUCUCCUGGGAUCCCAAGCACUCCGACCCGCCUGGUGUUCUCUGCACUGGGGGCAACCUCGCUGAAGGUCAGCUGGCAGAAGCCUCCGUGUGAGCGAGAGGUCCUGGGCUAUCGCGUCACCUACCAGCCCCUCGCAGGAGGUGAGAUGAAAACAGUUGACAUCACGGACCCAAAUGAAAACUCGCUGAUUAUCAAUGAACUUCUACCCAACUACUCCUACAUGUUCAAGGUCAAGGCUCUGAGUGAAAAGGGCUGGGGUCCAGACCGCGAAGGAGUCAUCACCAUAGAAUCCAAAGUGGACCCCAUGAGCCCCCUCAGCCCGAUCCCAGGCUCGCCGUUCACACUGAGCACACCCAGUGCCCCUGGACCCCUGGUCUUUACUGCAAUCAACUCCGAGCUGCUCAAGCUGAGCUGGGAGAAACCCCGUAAACCAAAUGGGGAUAUUAUGGGUUACCUAGUGACCUGUGAACCGUUGGAUGGGAAAGGUGAGAUCAAGACGUAUCAGGUGGAAGGGGAUGACGCAGAGACCACCCUAAUGGUGCCUCACCUCAGUGAGAACGUUCCAUACAAGUUCAAGGUUCAAGCAAAGACGACACAAGGUUUUGGUCCCGAACGCGAAGGGAUCAUCACCAUCGAGUCUCAGGACGGAGCGAACGUUUCCAAGUACAGUAAACAGAUGGUGACGAGACACGAAGGCUUCACCCUGCCUGGAAGCAUGAGCUCCGAGACCAGUCUGAUGCAGACCACCGUCGACCCCUUCUUCUCAGAUGGGAUGACUGUUACAACACAAAGGGUAGAGGGUGGGACGUCCAUCACCCAACAGAUCACUCGGACGAUGAUGACCAGUGGAACAGUCACCAGACAAAUGGAGAGGAAGUUCUACGAGGCCUGAUUAUGAUCUGCCCACCACAAAGUCUUGCUCUUUGGACUUGACAUUGAGCCACACCAAUGAACAACCUCAGAAGCAGCCUUGAAUUCUGCCUGUCAGCAUCUUGAAGGGGGCACCUUUAAGACAGACAAUUGCUAUGGAUGCUUGUUCUUGUCUGUUUGCAGGGUUGGCAAGUCUUGACACCUCUGUGAUACUGCUGUAACGUGUUCUGUCUACCGAAGAUGAACGGGAGACUGUUUCUCCAGCUCUUCCAACAUCCAGUUGUCUCAUCUCGAGUCCAGGCCUCCCGGGAGUAGAUGGACCCACUGAAGAAACUGCUGUCCUCUGCAUUCUUUCUGCCGCUACUGAAUGCGAGAGGCUUGCCGUAAUGAACAGAAGCUUUCCUUCCACUGCCCAUUGGUUUCACACUUUGGGUCACACAUACUGUUGAAUUAUAUCUGUUGAACUCAUGUUUUCAGUUGGGUAUCAGCUACUAAUCUCUGUAGAAUACUUAGAAAGCUUUCAGUGCAUAUUUGGUUUAAUAGUAAUGAUUAACUCUGGAAAUGAGCACAAAGCUUUGAUGCCAACACAUUAUGGGUGUGCGAGUUACAUUCUGCUCUGUGUAUGUAUAACUCUAUUCUCUAGUGUGUGAGUAAUUCCCUUGUCUUCCAGGCAUGUGUGUAUCUCCCAUAUUCUUUGGGUGGGCAGUAACCAUAUGGGGCAGUUGUUCUGUAUGCCUCCGAAUUCAUUACUGUCAACUCGUUCCACUUUUGCAAACCCCUACUUGAUUAAAAGCCUCUCAUAACUGACUGAACCCAGUCACUGACCAACUCUGGGCGUGUUACCCUUGGGAAUGGGCUCCAAGAAUGCUCCAUCACCAGUGAGGCACCGUCCCUGUACACCGGGAUUCACAGAGGGGCAGUGAAUGUCUGAAUUUAUGGGAAAGGAAUGGUUAUAUAGGCCUGAAAGAGAGCUAAUUCGGUCCUAUCCUGCUUCCCAGUUAUUCCAUCUAAUCUCACGUUCCAGCUUGUGUGCUCACUUAAAUACAAGGGUUUCUGCCCCCACCACUGUUUCAGGCCGAGACUUCUGGACCCCACUACUUGUUGGGGUACCUACGAAACCUGCAGGCCUCUGCGGAUCGAGCGUUCUGCCAUUGAGAGCCAGGAGCUUCUGGCAGUUUAGAAUCACCUGCUAUCUCGCCUGUUGUCCGGUGACUGCUGAUUUGUUUAAGGUCCCGUAUCAGACAGGGACAAACCAAAUUCACGGCACUGCCUGAAAAUUUUAUUCUUAGCAGCCAAAUUUGUGCUGCAGUCCUUAAGAGGAUAAAGCCAUUUUAGUUGUACUUUUAUAUUCUUAUUUCUCUGGGCUAUAUCUUCCUGAAAUUUUCCUGCAUGCUUUGGGUUUGCAUCUAAUGGUCUUCCUGGUGCAGGGCUACAUUGACCAGACCCUCUAAAGGUUGUGAUGUACGAGCCUGACAGGUCCAGGUUUAAAUCUCCCGUCCAAUCUCAGCUAGGGCAGCCCCACUGCCAUUGUUGUCUGUGCAGGAAGUUGGGGGGGUGGGAUGAAGAGGUGCAAGGCGAGGGUGGUGACUGCAGAUCAGUUCAGGAGAUAAGGGGAUGACGCACAAAAGUGAACUGCUUUAUCUCGGGUGAUCAUUCUCCGUAAACUUGGCUUGUCCAGUAUUUUCCACCCUGUCGACGUGCAUGGAUUUUGUAAUGUAAGGAAACACUUUUUGUGCAUUUAUAAUAUAUAACCUCCUAAAUACA